AUGAGGCGCGGCGCCGUGUUGGCGGCCUUCGCGCUGGCCUACGCGGGCUAUCUGCUGCUCGGAGCGUUGAUCAUCUCAGCCGUCGAGCGGCCCUACGAGAGCCGGCUGCGAGCCGAGCUGUGGGAUCUUAAGAGCGACUUCCUGCGCAGCAGCCCCUGCCUGUCCGAGGCCAGGCUGGAGCGUUUCCUGGGCGCCGUCCUGAGUGCCGACCGCCACUCCGCAGCCCUCCUGCACAACGGCUCGGCUGCCACGUCCAGCUGGGAUUUCGCCUCGGCCUUCUUCUUCGCCAGCACUUUGAUCACCACCGUGGGCUACGGUUACACUACACCCCUCUCCAAUGCUGGCAAAGCCUUCUGCAUCUUCUACGCGGUGCUGGGUGUCCCCUUCACCAUGCUGGUGCUGACAGCCACCGUGCAGCGUCUUGUGGGCACCUUCACCUCUGGGCCUCUGGAAUACCUGGCUCUCCGCUGGGGCUCCGACCGCCGCGUCCUGUCGUGGGGGCACCUGUUGGUGCUGAUGGGCCUGGUGUUGGCGACCUUCUUCUUAGUGCCUGCUGCCAUCUUCAGUUCCCUGGAAGAGUCCUGGAGCUUCCUGGAUGCUUUCUACUUCUGCUUCAUCUCCCUCUGCACCAUUGGCCUGGGAGACUACGUCCCCGGGGAGCAGCCCGGGCAACACCUUCGCCCCCUCUACAAGGUUUCUGUUACAGUUUACCUGCUUCUGGGGCUCAUGGCCAUGCUGCUGGUUCUCCAGACCUUCCACAAACUGGCAGACCUGCACGGGCUCUCCGACCUGGUCUUCCUGCCCCCAGAGCAGCCUCCCGAAGAGCAUCAGAGUAUCCUGGGGGAGCCCAGCCCUCCCUCUGAGCCAGGGCAGAGGGAGAAAUUACCUGCACACCCCCAGUCAGGAGGCCCAUCCCAUUAUUCCUCCAUUAACAGAUAAUAGCAAGGAGCAGCAGGGUGAGAGUUGGGGCUAAUCCACAGGGAAGACUGGCUGCUCUCC